AUGCAUCGUUCGCCAUCACCCAGCGUUGGCUCGAUUCAUAGUUAUAGUGGCAACAGCUCAACCAUUCCUAUCGAGACUUCUAAAAAUCGACCUCCACCAAAUUCUUAUAUUAAAGCUCAUAAAAACAUAACUUUUUCUUUUCCUGAAAAUUCUACCACUUUUCAACAUGGUGCUCUUGGGGAUUAUGACACCUUUCUAAUUGGAAAUAUUCAUUUAAAUUAUCCAAAAGGUUGUUUAGUAAAAAAUGUAUUUCUAGAAUUUAAAGGAUCAGAGAAAACUUCUUGGUUUAAAUCUCAGGCUAGGACAAAAGCUGUUUAUAACGGUGAAUAUACUUUUGUCGACCAAUCAAAUAAAAUAUGGGAAGCUUUUGAUGAUUAUGCUGAAAUUCAAACCCUCGAUAUUCCUUUCAAGAUUCAACUUCCUUACAAUUUGCCAGAAUCUAUAACAACUGAUAUAGGUUCGGUUCGUCACGUCCUUCGUGCUGUUGUUACUGUCAAAGGUAUAUUGGGUAAGAGCAGUAACCAUGUUGCAAAGUUACUUUGUCCUCUAAAGCGCGUCCUCACUUUGGAUCACACCAUGUCAUCUCCUUACAAAAUCUGUGGUGAAUCUCAAAGUGGAAUUGAAUAUACUUUCAUGUUACCUCCGGGCAAACAAAUGAAUAUUGGUAGUUUCGUCUCGGUUCCAAUGUUGUUACGAUUUUUAAGACCUGAUGUUGGUGUAGAAAGAAUUGAAAUUUCUUUAAAAGCCUCUAUGGACUUUCAAUGUUCUGAUCACAAUGAAAAACGACAUUUAGAUCAACAGAUAACUGGAUUGGUCGUUUCGCGUUCGGAACUUCGUUUUAUGCAAUCUUCAAUGCCUCAUUAUAAUUAUGGUGAAUGCACUCACACUAUUAACCUUUUUAUCCCUCCCUCCACUCAACCAACUCAUCAAGGGAGAUUCAUUAAUAUAGCUUAUAAGUUGUCUAUAAAUAUUAGUCUUUAUGGUUGUGUGAGGGGCUUUCUCGUCGAAGAACAAGUUAAAAUUGCUAAUAUAGUAGAAAAGAAUACACCUUUGAAACGUCCUUAUUCUCCUUUGACUGAUAUGCCAAGUCCUACUGUUGUUGAUGGUGUUCCAGAUGAUUACUCUCAGUCACGUGUAUCUCUUGAUCAAACUCCUGGUACUCUUGCUUAUUCGCCUCAUAACUUACAAAUGAUGAAUCAACUUCGUCAACAACGUAGUCUUCCUGAAUUACCGCAAGGUAUUCGAUUUGAUGAUAAUCAUAGAGAUCAGUUUUACUCAUCUUUAGACCAUAAACGAACCUCUCCUUUUGAGGUUAAUAAUGGUUAUGACCGUGUAUAUGAUGGUUAUGCUCAACCUUCAUCGGAUACGUCAAGUUACAUUUAUCAACCAUAUAGCCCUUCUUCUCAACAAUCUCGCUCAGAUACGCCACAAACACCUCCAAGUAGCUAUUCAACACCUUCAACAAAUAUGCGCUUAGGUGAUGUCUGUUCUGAUACUUCUUCAAAUAUUUCUCCUAUGGGAUCUAUAUCAUCAGGUGCUGAGAUACCAAAUUCGUCGUUAACAUCCCUUUCUUUACCUCCAUAUUAUCGCCAUCCCUCAGCACAUCAAAAAUAA